CUUCCUUGAGUUUUACGAGUUUUAUGAGCCGUCAAAAUGGUUGCACCAAAUCGUCGCAACGGUGGGGCCCAAUUCCUUCUACUUUUAGCGGCCGUUAUCAGCCUCGCUUUGGCAUCCCCUGCACCAUCGCUACAAAAUUUGAAGAAACAACGAGAGAAAGCAAAGAACAGGCUGUUUUCAACUACUACCACUACACCAGCUCCUUCUUCUAAUGAAUUAACAUGCGAGGAAAAGUUUAAAAACGCAGAAAAAUUCACUUUCAACGAGACAGCAUUGCACGGCGACAUCAGGAAACUGAUGAACACUUAUUACGAUUGGGGGGCUCUGUUGGCUCCGGCUCCAGUAGCUAUAAGCGUGUUGGGGAAGCUCAUCAUCAUGUCCACUCAGAGAAUGGAUUUUCCCAUCGAUGUCAAUUUACCAACCGGCGGUUUCAAGCACAUCAAGUACCCCAAGAGUUUCCGAACCACUUUACUUCAAAUCAGCCAUAGUGGUUACCUGGCCUUCCUCAAAGCUCACACCAACAUGGACAAGAUCCGAAUGUACAAUUCAAACGUGCCCAGCCACAUCAAGGACGCCACCCGCUACCUCAUGUCCAAACAAGAGCUUUACAUCGUCAACUUACUGCCUAUAUCGCUGGGACGCAUUAAAGAAGCGGCUGACCAGAGUAAAGAGCUUUCCCAAGAAGUGGUAAAGGAAUUUAAACUCGUUGUGGAGUUGAUUCAAGAGACCAUUCUAGCCGUGUCAGACACCAAGAGCGAUAAGGAGGUCAAGUUGAAAGGAGUUGAGCUCGACAUCCAACUCUCUGAAAUAUCACGCAACUUUUCCGAAAAUGAAUCAAAACUUUUAGAAGAAAAGAAUCAAAUGUUGAGCGGGAUGCUGAACAGUUUUGGGUAUCGCCAGAAAAACAUUUUCGUCAGGACUAUUUACGGCAAUGAAAAUUUUGUCAUCAACCUGAGCAAGGAAUGGCUGUCGCAAACCGAAGGACGACAUCUAAAGCACCGUGAAAUAUUUUUCAGUAAAAAUAAUUGGCUUUACAGUUACACCGAUGAACGCGUGGAAACCGACAAAUGUAUAGAACAGAAUAAUCAGCAACUAUUGGACCUAAUUAUUGUCAUGGGUCAGUAUAGAUUAAAAUACGAGUCAUGGCAAAAUUCGGACACAAUUUUUCCUUUCAGUGGUGCAGAAGACGUAGGCAAACUAGAAAUGAGCUUGAACAGUCUGAUCCAAUGCAGCACUGUUAACGUUAUCGUGACUAAUCUUAGUGCUUUAAUGAAAAGAUUACAAAACGUCAAGUUUGAAAUGUUACAGAAGACCAGCGCACGCCCGGGAGCAGAAGAGAUGGACGGUCUUAUCCUGACAAUUAAAAACUUACGAUCUGGAUCGACUCCCAAAACCAAGAAGGAAGACAAAUCGACAACAGAUGGGUUUAGCCGAAUCACUUUAAUGGAAGGCUGGAGCAAAGUCUACCAUCAACAAUUUGAUAUGCUACAAAGCAUGAUUAAUGUCACUGCAGAUAUUAUGAAGGUCAACCAUAAACAAAUGGAAAUCAGGCGUCAAAAGACCCAGCAAGUUCUGGAUAAACUCAAGUCACUAGACAUCACCAAAAUUAGUUACAAGGAAGCGAUACAAGCCCUGCAAGAAGGAAUGGAAGAGUUGGGUAAUUUGAAAACCGUUUGGACAAAAUUGAUUGAUUUCUACUCCAAAAUGUCCAUUUUUAUAACCAAAGCUACGGAGCAAAGCAUAGCUCUUAUCGAGAUUGUAAGAGUUAUUGCAAAAGACACAAACACUUUGGAAGAUGACGAAAUAUUCGGAAAUCUCUUGGACAAGGUCCAAAAGGCAAACGAAGCUUCAUUCCUUGUCUACGGAGUGUCCGACAUGUACGUCAACGUAUCAGAUAAGUAUAUCAUGGAUAGAAUUGCUAGUUUAGAUAGCAUGAUGAACAUCGACGCUAGUAAAGUUGGAGUGGAAGAAAUUAUGAAAGAACAACAGAAGCUGAUAGUAAGUGGUGAGGAGGCCUCCCAGGGAAUUAUUCAAUACAUAAAAGCGGACGAAACUUCACUCCGAGAGAAGCUUGUUGGUCGACACAACGAAAUCAUGAACGAGUACCAAUGGAUGAUUGACUGCAUCAGUCCCGAUGAUAGGGAGUUUAAAAAUGAAUAGUAGUAAUAUUUGUUUGUCUGUAUAACCAAAAGUGUAGAAAUAUCAAAUUUUUUAGAGAACCAUACAAAUACAAUAUUAUCACUAUAA